AUGGCUGAAGGUUUUGUACAACAAUACUCCGAACUGGAGAUCGAAUCAGAUAACUGCUUUAAUGAAUUACUAUCUAGAUCAUUCAUUCAUCAGCAUGAAGAUCAUCCAGAAAAGUUUAUCAUGCAUGAUCUCAUCAUCGAUUUAGCCAAGCUUGUGUCUGGCAACAUUUGUAUUUGGUUCGAAGGUGAUGAAAUCCCAACAACUACUGCUCGCCAUGUAUCAUAUCCCAAACAAGGAUACGAUGGCUCUGAAAUGUUCAAGAGUUUUUAUCACCUAAGUUCUUUGAGGACUUUCCUGCCGCAACAAACUUGGCCAUUUAUAGAAUCAUGUGUCUUGAGCAAAAAGGUCUCACAUGAUUUGCUGCCAAAACUGACACGUCUAAGGGUAUUGUCUUUGUCCAUGUAUUCCAAUAUCACCGAGUUGCCUGAUUCAAUUGGCAAUUUGAAACAUCUGUGGUAUCUUGAUCUAUCCUAUACUAAAAUCACAAGGUUGCCUGAUGCCACCUUUAAACUUUGUAAUUUGCAGACUUUGCUUUUAUCAUACUGUAAGUCUUUCAGUGAAUUGCCUAAGAGUAUAGAAAAGCUUGUCAACCUACGUCACCUGGAUAUCACCGGCACUGCUUUGAAGGAGAUGCCAACACAGAUUACCAAACUACAAAAUCUUCAUAGUUUGAGUACUUUUGUGGUGAGCAAACAAUCGGAUGGAUUGAGAAUCAAGGAGUUAAGAAAGCUACCUCAUCUAGAAGGCAAGCUUUCAAUUUUGAAGUUACAAAAUGUUGUUGAUCCCAUGGAUGCUUUCGAGGCAAAGUUGAAGAGAAGAGAGAAAAUUGAGGAGUUAGUGUUGGAGUGGGAUAGUGAUGAUUCUCAAGACUCACCAACAGUGAAAAAUAUACUUAACAUGUUUCAUCCUUCAGCAAAGUUACAGAGAUUGACCAUCAACCGUUAUGGUGGUACUAGCUUUCCAAAUUGGGUGGGAGAUUCUUCAUUUACCAAUAUCACCUUUUUAUGCGUGAGCAAUUGCAAAGGUUGUUUAUCCCUUCCACCUUUUGGGCAAUUACCUUCUCUUAAAGAGCUUUCAAUUCAAGGAAUGGCUUCUGUAAAGAUAGUUGGGCAUGAGUUCUAUUGCAAUCAAGCAGGCUCCUCUUCAUUUCAUCCAUUUCCGUCCUUGGAAAUUCUAAAAUUUGAAGAUAUGCGGCUUGGGAGCAAUGGAGGACACCAUUUAAAGUUGAAGGGAGACAUGCCCGACAAUCUUCCAUCACUGAGAAAGGUCGAUAUACUAAACUGCAGUCAUUUGGAAGCCAAAUCAUCAGCAUUGAAAUGGAUUGCUUGCAUUCAAAAAUUAAACAUUAACCAAGGGGAAAAGGACUUGCUGAGGGCCAUUGAAAAUUUUUCUCUAGACUCAUUGAAACGCCUGAGAAUUACUGAUUGUUCCAGCUUGCAGUCUUUGUCUAGAAUGAUAUCGGCAUGUCACUGCCUUCAAAAAUUGUAUCUCAAAAGCAUCCCAUCUUUAGAGUCCUUGCCAAUUCAUGGUUUGCCCACUUCAUUGCAGCGACUUAGAAUUGAAGAUUGCAGUAAAUUAGAAUUCCCACCUCAGGAAUCUUGGCAAAACUACACCAGAAUUGAAUUUUUGCUCAUUAAAAAUAGUUGCGAUUCAUUGACAUUCUUUCCAUUAGGUAGUUUCCCCAAGCUUAAAAUUCUGGUGGUUGAAGGUUGUCAUAAUCUGGAAACAUUUACACAAGUUGACGGGUCUUCCCCUACCUUAGAAUCCCUUGUUCUGUCUGAUUGUAAGCAAUUCAGAUCAAUGUCACAAGUACAAAGUGAAUCCCUCACUACCCUUAAGUACUUUUCUCUUUCUCAGCUUCCGAAUUUGGAAUCACUGCCUGAAUGUGGUUUGCCUUCUACCUUGCGAUCAUUUGUUAUAGUUGACUGUGAGCGACUAUCUUCCGUCCCUCUUAAAAAAUGGGGUUUCCAAGAGUUGACAUAUCUCUCAGGACUUCAGGUCAAAGGUGAUGGAAGUGAAAAGACUCUCUGUAACUUACUGAAGUAUCAAUUAUUACCCACUUCUCUCGUGAGAAUCGACAUCUGUGAUUUCUCUAAUCUUAAGUUUUUAUAUGGAAAAGGGCUUCGACACCUUACUUGUUUAGAAGAGCUCUAUAUCUCUGAGUGUCCAGAGCUUGAAUUCUUGCCAGAAGAUGAGCUGCCAUCCUCUCUUUGGAGCUCAAUAUCUUAG